UUGUCCAACUUUUCUAAGAAGAAAAACAAUAUGAAGAUCUUCAAUUGGGUGCACAAGCGGUUCAAUCAUAAACCUCCAAAGGAUGGGUUUGCUUCAGAUAUGAAAAAGAAUGAAGUUACAAUAAGCAAUGAUGAUAAUAAGGUUGUUGGGGAUAAUGAAGUAGCUUUGUUGAAACAAGUUGCACUUACUAACAUGCUUGGUGGUUGGAAAGAUGGGAUUCUAACCAUUGGAACACUUGGUUAUGAUCACAAAGAAUACUUUGGUUUGCAAGUUCAAGAUAAAAAAUUAUUAGGUGGUGAUGAAGGGUUAAAUAAAAAUAAUAAUAAUAAUAAUGUUUUUGAUGAUUAUGCUGAAAAUGAUGAUGAGGAAGUGAAUCCAUUGAUGCUCAACACAUUUGAACAUCACAACAAUAACUUUGAUGAUGAUGAAGAAGAAGAAGAAGAAGUUCUUGUUGGUGGUGGUGCAAACCAAAUUAUGAUUGAUGCUAAUUUUAAUGUUAUCACCAAAGAAGAAGUGUUGAUGAACAAUGAAAUUGUUCUUGCUGAUGAAUCCAAUGAUGAUGAUGGAGAGAGUGAUGAUUUUGAUGAUCAAAAGAAGAAGAUUGUGAGAGGGGAAAGGAUCACACUAGCUGAUCUAUUCUUGGCUGAUUCUGAAGUUAAGAAGAAAAUGAUGGGCCCCACAAAAAUCUUGGUUGAGUCAAUUGAUGAUGAAAAAUCAAACCUUAAAGUAAAGCAUGGAAAGUCUUUUGCAAAGAAGCUUCUUCCCAAUGUCAAGGAUAAUCCUCAACCAAUGAAAGAUAUCAAGAAACUCAUGAAGAAAAUGUUAAAGAGGAAAAUCCACCCGGAUUUCGAUGCCAAGAAUCAAAAACCAGAAAAGAAGGAAUCCAUUGAUGGUAAUCACACUAAGAAGAAGGAAGGCCGCAAGGCUUCAAUAUAUUGUAUUCCAAUUUAAGGCACCAGCUAUGCAUUGCUAAGCUCUGUGGGAGAUUCCCCUCUAUUUAUUAUGUGGAGAUGUAGUUUUGUUCACUAUAUAUAUUGUAAAAUUUUAAAUAUAAAAUAUUAUUAUUAUCAUUAUUAUUAGUGUAUUAUAUAUGAGAAAUGCCUUGAACUGUGUGAUUUUGUAAUUCGUGAUUAUUCCUCUGUUUGUUUGGCUUUGACUUUGAUUUGACCUAAGAAUGUGGAUCCAUGUCUCAAUUAUAUAUGU